CCGUACAUGCUAGGACCCUUCGACCAACUCGGCCACUUCGCCACACCCAUCAACGCCGUUUGGAUUUAUCACCCCUCGCCCUCCGGCGACUUGAUCCCGGUGGACCGACUCCGCAAAGCCAUCAGCCGUCUGCUAGACUACUAUCCCCACCUAACAGGCCGACUGCGCAUCGAUCCCGCGACUGGCGUCCGGUCCAUGACCCGACUCGGCACGGGCAUCCAUCUAUCCGAAGCCCAGUGCGAUGCACCGCUUCGAUCCUUCGCCCGCAACCCCUCAGCCCCAGACACGGACCCCGAACUGGGCGUGUUCGACUUCCCCAACGCAGGGAACGCGCUGCUCGCGCCAUGGGACCUGUCCCUCGACGGAGCCCAGCGGGACCCCGUCCUCACCAUCCAACGAACCGAGUUCGCAUGCUCCUCCGUGGCCCUGGGGGUGAGGAUCUCACACGUCCUCUGCGGCGCGGGUAGCUUUCUGGGACUGUACCAGGACCUAGCAGCGAUCUAUCGCGCGAUGGCCGACCCAGCCAAGUCAGAAACUAUCGAGCUAGCAUCCCCGCCACGCCUCCCACCAUUCAUGGUCGCCGAAAUGCUGCACAAGGAAGAGCACGAGCGGCGACAAGCCCUAGCCGAGCCGCCCGCAGCCUACAGCCUGACAGACCCCGACGCGGGGACGCAAACCCACGCUCAGAACGAGCUGGACUUCCAACACACUCUGGACACGGACCCGAUCGAGGGCCGAAGCCUGCGCUUCUCAGCGUCCGCAAUCGCCGCCCUCAAAGCCCACGCAGUCAACCCCGAUCAACCCAGCGCCCGCGUCUCCGGGUUCACCGCGCUGGCAGCACACCUCUGGCAGCGCGUACAUCGGGCGCGACUCGCGCGCGCCAAGGCUAAUGCUGCGACCGACGGAGAGACACCUGCUACCCUCGGCUCCUCCGUCUUCGGCACCAGCGUGAGCUUCGUCCCGCAUCUCGGCCUGCCGGAACGCGUGUUCGGGAACACCGUCGUCACGCCAGUCAUCGAGCUGGACUCCCCCGCGCUAACGCAGAGACCCCUCUGGGAGAUUGCGGCGAUGAUCAACGACCGCAUCCGACACGUCUCCGCGGAGGAAGUGCACAAGCUGGGCAAGUGGAUCGCCGCCCAGCCCGACACGUCCCGGAUCCAACUGCACUUCCCGGUGACGGCGGCGGCCCCGUUCAUCGCGACGGGAUGGCAUCGCUUUCCGCUGUACUCGGGCGCGGAGAUGGAUGGCGCGGGGCCCGUGUUGGCCAGUCCGGUGUUUAUGGAUGCCUUGUUUGAUGGGAUGGUGUAUUUCGUGGAACCCAGGGUAAGGGAUGGGGGGAUGGAGGCGGUGGCCUCGUUGAGGAGGUCGACCUGGGAGCUUUUGGGGCGGGAUGACGAGUUU